AUGAUCGACUGUAUUAGUUUCUUAUCUCAUUCACCUGGAACAUUCUGUGUUAAAACAUAUCAAGAAAGUACUGGUUGGAAUUCAUGGAUAAAGAUAACACGAAGUUGUGGUGCAAGAACUGAUUAUGGAUUAGCAUGGAGUUGUCGUUAUUGGUUUGAAGAACAAGGUAUCUAUAAAGAAGUUUGCUAUUGUCAAGAUAGAGAUGGUUGUAAUUCAGCAAUAAGACAAAUGAAUUCCUCUUAUAAAUUAACUUUAGUCUUUAUACAAUUAUUAACUUUUACCUUCAUUUAUAUUAGAAAAUAUUAA